AUGCUUAGCGACGCGCUGCCACUGGACCGUGCGCCGCCAGACCAGCGCAGCGCGGAAUGCAAGGCUGUCAAGUACGACCUCGAGAAACUUAGCGACGUCUCGGUAAUCAUCACGUUCUACAACGAGCCGUUUUCAACCCUUUUCCGCACUGUGCACAGCGUGCUGAACCACACGCCGCCGGAACUUUUGCGUGAAAUCAUUUUGGUCGACGACGGCAGCAACUUCGUGUUCCACUCGCAGUUCGACGAGCACGCGACGCACCUAGACUAUCACUACUACGAACUGAUCCGCCGCUACAUCGACUACUUGCCAAAGGUGCACCUCACUCGGCUGGCGCGCCGCCAAGGACUCGUCAAAGCCCGCAUGGCCGGCAUCAACCAGGCGACCGCCGACGUCUUUAUGAUCCUCGACAGCCACGUCGAAGUAGGCGAGGGCUGGCUCGAGCCUAUACUGCAGACCAUCCACGACGAUAACGACGCUCUGGUCAUCCCCCACAUUUACUCGAUCUCUGCUAAGGACUUCAGCUAUCUCACCAAUUCCGGGAUCGGCUGCCAGAUCUCAUUCAAAUGGGACAUGACCGAGCUAAGUUCGUUUGAGCAAAGUUACCCGGGCGUGACGCCGAUUUUAUCGCCGUCGCUUUCGGGCGGGCUGUUUGCGGUACACAAAGAGACGUUCUUGCGCCGCGGCGCGUUUGACAUGAACUUCGAAGGCUGGGGCUCGGAGAACGUCGAGCUCGGCUUUCGCUGGUGGAUGUGUGGCGGCAAGGUCGCCGUGCGCAACGCGCGUAUUGUCUGCACGCAGCCGCGUAGGAUCGCCGCAGUCGGACUCGCGAGGUUUGUGGGGCAGCGCGUUGCAGCCGACUCGCAACUCUCGCUGCGCGCCAAGCGCGGAGCCUCCUGCGCAGGCGCCGCUGCGAAGCUGGUGGGUCAUUCUAUCCGUUUCGAGAGCACCGCGACGCGCGACACGCGGCUGCUGUACGCUACGGACGGCGUGUUGCUCAAGCAGUUUAUGGAGAACCUCGGCGACGACGGCGAGUUGCAGCGCUUGCCGUACGACUACAUCAUUAUUGAUGAGGCGCACGAGCGUUCCGUGCGCAUCGACUUGCUGCUGCAGCUGCUGAAACGGCUCAAAGAAGUCGACAUUUCACAGGCCGCAGCCGAGCAGCGCGCCGGUCGCGCAGGCCGAACCGCGCCCGGCACCGUCUUCCGGCUUUACACGAGUUAA